CCCAGACCCGCUACACCGAAUCUCCAUUCACACAGAAGAUGGCGGCAGAGAGAGAACCUCCUCCGUUAGGAGACGGAGAUCAUACUGACUUCAGGGAGUUGGAUGAUGCGGAGGACCUGUUCGCUAGCACCGUCUCCACCUUGGAGUCAAGUCCAUCAUCUCCUGAACCAGCUAGCCUCCCUGCUGAAGAUAUUAGCACAAAAUCAAAUGGUCCAAAGGCAGCACAGAUUUUAUUGGAUGAUGACCAAGAAGAUCUUUUCGCUGAAGCUACAGAAGAAGUUUCUCUUGACAGCCCAGAGAGAGAUGCUAUACUUUCUUCAGACUCCACUCCUGCUAUCACCCCAGUAACACCCACAACACUAGUGACUCCAAGGAUGGAACCUAAAAGUCUUUCAGCCAGUGACUUGUUUGACAUAUCCAAGGAUGAGAUUGAAGAAGAACUCAACGGAGAUACUUUUGAUAUAUCUGUCUCUGUCUCGGACCCAGAGAAAGUCGGAGAUGGAAUGAAUGCAUACUUGGCCUAUAGAGUAACAACAAAGACUUCCCUGGCUAUGUUUAACAGCAGUGAAUUUUCUGUGAAAAGAAGAUUUAGUGAUUUUUUGGGCCUGCAUGGCAAGUUAGCAUCAAAGUAUAUGCAUAUUGGUUAUAUUGUGCCUCCUGCACCAGAGAAAAGUAUCGUAGGUAUGACAAAAGUCAAGGUUAGUAAAGAAGACCCAUCUUCUGCAGAAUUUGUAGAAAAAAGAAGAGCUGCUCUAGAGAGGUAUUUGCAGAGGACAGUAAAACAUCCGACCUUGUUGCAAGAUCCUGACUUAAGACAGUUUCUGGAAAGUUCAGAGCUGCCGAGAGCAGUUAGCACGCAGGCUUUGAGUGGAGCAGGAAUAUUGAGGAUGGUGAACAAGGCUGCCGACGCUGUCAACAAAAUGACAAUCAAGAUGAAUGAAUCGGAUGCAUGGUUUGAGGAAAAGCAACAACAGUUUGAAAAUCUUGACCAGCAGCUAAGGAAACUUCAUGCCAGUGUAGAAGCAUUGGUCUGCCAUAGAAAAGAGCUGUCAGCAAACACAUCUGCCUUUGCAAAAAGUGCAGCCAUGCUGGGGAACUCAGAGGACCACACUGCUUUGUCAAGGGCUCUGUCACAGCUGGCUGAAGUGGAAGAGAAGAUUGACCAGCUUCACCAAGAGCAGGCAUAUGCUGAUUUUUACUUAUUCUCAGAGCUGCUUGGUGAUUACAUCCGCCUCAUUACAGCCGUGAAGGGUGUGUUUGAUCAAAGAAUGAAGUGUUGGCAGAAGUGGCAAGAUGCUCAAGCUACAUUACUAAAGAAACGUGAGGCUGAGGCAAAGCUACAAUAUGGAGGCAAGCCUGAUAAACUUCAGCAAGCAAAGGAAGAGAUCAGAGAAGAAAUUGAAGAGUGGGAAUCAAAAGUACAACAGGGAGAGAGAGAAUUUGAACAGAUCUCCAAAACUAUUCGUAAAGAAGUGGGAAGAUUUGAGAAAGACAGAGUAAAGGACUUUAAAGCAGUUAUCAUCAAGUACUUAGAAUCAUUAGUGCAUACACAGCAACAACUGAUAAAGUAUUGGGAGGCAUUUCUACCUGAAGCCAAAGCAAUUGCCUGAAAGGAUGCCUGAAAGGAUUCCAUAUCUCAAGAUGAGAUGCAUAUUUCUCUUUGUUUACAGCUGAAUUCCACAUGAAGAGCACGAUAAGACAGCAAUUACAGAGCACUACCCAAAUAAAGCACUAUAUAUAUUUUAUAAUUUAACAUGUGGCUCAUUUUAUCCAGUGGCAUUUUACCAACAAGCUGCAUGCCCGGACUCAUCUGGAAUUCUGUGGACUGUGGCAUGACAUUCUGCAGUAUUUUGCUGAAUUGAACACUACAUUGUCUUAACAUUUUUGCACUAGGAGGCACAGUGCAGGGGCCAGAAAGUUUUAAGAUUUUAUCUUGUUUGAUUAAUGAACUACAUGACUGACCUUUAUGAAGCAGAUUAUAAUUUCAUUUAUAAAUGCUUAGCUACACAUUCUUGUACAGAAAUCAUGAAUUUGUGAUUAUGAUAAUAAAGGGAUAUACCUUAUGUCUCAUUGUAUGAUUGACAAUAAAGGGAUAUACCUUA